AUGGCCAGCAAGGACUCUGACUCCGAUUCCGAAGAUGACGAGGAUGACAGCGCCAGCAUCAAACGCCGCCGUGCUAAGCGACUUAAAGAGACGGGAGGUUGGCUAGGGUACAUCAAAGACUUCGCCAUCUUUCUGCCUUAUCUGAUCCCAAAGAAAGACCGGAAAGUCCAGCUCUCCAUCUUUCUUUGCUUAUUUUCCAUCGCUGGACGGAGAGUCUUGAACGUCUUGAUCCCAAGUCAGCUAGGCCGCGUUACGGAUGAGAUCCUCAACAACCAGGCUCCUUACGGGACUCUUGCCAUCUGGCUCGGUUUGGUCAUUCUGAAGGAUGAUGCAGGCCUCGGUCUUCUUGACGCGCUCGCCAAGAUCCCGAUAAAGCAAUUCUCCUACCGCCAAGUUACUAACGCCGCCUUUGGUCAUGUCAUGGGCCUGUCUAUGGAGUUUCAUUCUGAGAGAGACUCAGCUGAAGUAAUGAAGGCUAUUGAGCAGGGCGAGUCGCUCACCAACGUUCUGGACACCGCUGUCAACGAGAUACUGCCUACCGUCAUCGAUCUGUUUGUGGCAUUUUGGCUGCUUUACUGGAAGUUCAAUGUCUACCUCGCUCUUGCCAUGGCCUUGGCCGCGGCAGCGUUCAUGACACUUGAAGUCUACACAUCCAGCAUGAACAUCAAAAACAAGCGAGCCUCAAGCAAGGCUGAGAGAGAGGAGGCCAGGGUCAUGCACCAGGCUGUCCAAGGUUGGCAGACUGUCACUUACUUCAACAUGUUUGGCUAUGAGAAGCGUCGCUUUGGCCAGACCGUUGAGUCUCGACUUGAAGCGAGCCGUAGAUACGGUAUUGGCGACGCCCUGGUUCAAGGCCUUCUCGACAUGGCUGUUCCGCUCACCUUCUUCGUUCUUGCCAGCUUGGUUUUGCGCGAGAUCUCGCAAGGCAGAGCCACUGCGGGCGACUUUGUCUUUUUGCUUCAGUACUGGGACUAUCUGGUCUGGCCAUUGAAGUGGCUUUCGCACGAUUACCGGUACUUGAUGAAUGAUCUGGUCGAUGCCGAGCGUCUUCUCAAUCUCCUCCAAACCAAGUCAACGAUCGUCGAAAGUGACAAUGCAAGAGAGCUGAGGGACGUCAAGGGGCACGUCGAGUUCGAGAACGUCAGCUUCUCUUACGAUCCAAGACGGCCUACGAUUCAAGACCUGAACAUAUCGGCUGCGCCAGGGCAUACCAUUGCCCUAGUCGGAGAGACUGGUGCUGGAAAGUCCUCCAUCAUGAAACUUCUGCUUCGAUUCUACAAUGUGACUUCCGGCCGCAUCACUAUCGACGGCCACGACAUUCGCGACAUUACCCUCAGCUCACUUCGAGAUGCCCUUGGCGUCGUCCCGCAAGAUCCGUUGCUGUUCAAUGCAACAGUCAUGGAAAAUCUCCGCUACGCCCGGCCGAUGGCCACGGAUGAGGAGAUCUUCGAUGCCUGCCGAGCGGCCGCAAUCCACGACAGGAUCUUGUCGUUUGCGGAUGGCUAUCAAAGUCGUGUGGGAGAGCAGGGUGUCAAGCUGUCAGGUGGUGAGAUCCAGCGACUGGCUAUUGCACGAGUUUUCUUGAAGGACCCGCCAAUCCUUAUUCUCGACGAGGCUACCAGCGCGGUAGACACCAAGACGGAAUCGAGCAUCCAGGGCGCGUUGGACGUGUUGAAGGAGGGCAGGACGACUUUUGUCAUUGCGCAUCGACUAUCUACGGUUGUCAGUGCAGACAAGAUCAUCGUGGUUCAUGAGGGAAGGGUAGUAGAGAGUGGAACUCAUAAUGAGUUGCUGACUCUUGGAGGCAGAUACAUGGAUCUGUGGACAAGGCAAAUCGGCGGUAACUCGGAGAAGGCCACAUCAUUAUAG